AUAAAUAAAAUGAUGUGCCAUACACACUCUACUUCAUACCUCUCAUAAGUGACCAAAGUCCUUAUGUGGCCUGUUUUAGGAAAUCUUGCUGUGGUGGUUAGGGUGGGGAAGUCACUUCUGAAUAUAAAGUGAGGCUGAACAGGAUGUGGUUCUCUUAUUAGAUGUAGCUAAACGUUUUAUGCUUUCUCCCCAGGAGUACAUACCUACCAUCUUCUUGGAUAUGUUGUGAUUGGCAAACAUGGGCUGUUGCUAGGUGCAGUGAAGGUUUUGCUUGGCAUUUUGUGCAUCAAAACGCACUAGUCAUGACAACGCUUGUUAUAAAGUUAAGGGCUUUGAGAUGACUUUUGCAUUCAUGAGCAUUUUCCAAACAGUAGUCUUUGGCAGUUCAGUAGCUGGGCAGCCAUAAACCAGUUUUACUAGUAUGUCCCCUGAGGCCUCGUAGAUAAUUCCAGGAAACCUUCCUUUAUGUGACCUCUUCCAUAUUCCUUCAAAAAUGAAUGGCUUUCCUGUGUGUCUUUCACAAAGAGCACAAGCCUUGGAGACUUCACAGAUCCCUACCUCUGUGAAGUAGGUAUCUGUCCAAGCUCAGGAAUAAUUCUUGAAAGAAGCUGGUCUCAUGGCGUAAGUAACAGAACCAGAGGUUACAGACUAUGACCCACAGGCCAAACCCAUCAAAUCUGCUCUGCAGAUGUGUUUAUUUGGAUCAUAGUGUUUCUUUUUUUAAACAUUGAAAUUAGUUGCCAAGCUGAAAAAACUGGGAAUUUUUACUUCAGAAAGUCUGGAUAUAUGACUUGUCUUGAAAAAUAGGAAAAACUUGGCCACGCGGAGAUCCACAGUUCUGCACUGGCUGCCAUCCGUGGAACUGAGAGCUGUUGCCUGGCGGAUGGGGGGAAGACUCCUCGGGUACCACCCCACUAUCGUGGUCUCCCGUAUUCAUCUGAGUCACCUUCAUGAGUCAUGACCCCAAGAUAGGCUAUGAGAUUGAGAAUAAAUGGUAUAGUGAAUAAUUAGGAAGGAGGCAGCCUUUUGCCUUCAACUCACACAAUCUCUUUGGUAAACAAAUGAUGCCCUUUAUUCAAAAUAUGAGGUGGGUUGAUCAUUUUUGUAGUCUGGAAACAGAAGGACAAUGAAAACUGCCUCUUUGCUGUGGACCUUGUCACAUUGCGUCUCUUCUGACAGUUUUGUGGGGACUCUUAUCAUUGGUUCUGGUCAGAGGUCAAGUAGCAUUUGAGUUGGGUGGAAGGAAGUUCUCUAAAGUGGCAAAGGCCAGUCCUUAAAUGCCAUCUUGGGAGAGCACAUCAUUUGUUCCUGGGCUGCCUCCCGCCUCCCUCAGAAUUUUGAGAGUGAGAUGAUCUGGACAAGACACUGCCUGGGCAGCAUUUUCGAGACAUUUGGACUACAAAGAAUGCUCUGUGUUUAAUCUUGCUCUGCACAGCUGCAUGGAAAAAGAUUGUUUAAAACUCUUCUUUAUAUUUUGUCGUUUGGGGGAACCCUGUCAGGAAAUUCAUGGCCGUCCCUUGGAAGUCCCGGUCACCCGGGAACAACUAAACCACUAUCGGAAUGUGGCCGAAAACGCUCGAAGUGAACUGGCGGCAACUUUGGUCAAAUUUGAAUGUGCUCAGUCUGAGCUUCGAGACCUCCGAUCCAAGAUGCUUUCGAAAGAAGCCUCCUGUCAAGAGUUGAAAGCUGAAAUGGAGAAUUACAAAGAAAAUAAUGCUAGAAAAUCAUCUCUCCUCACCUCCCUGAGAGACAGAGUUCAGGAGCUGGAAGAAGAAUCAGCAGCACUUACCACUUCUAAAAUUAGAACCGAAAUCACAGCUCACACUGCAAUCAAGGAGAACCAGGAGUUAAAGAAGAAAGUUGCAGAACUAGAUGAGAACUUACAAAAGUGUUUAAAGGAAAAUGAGGAGAAUAAGAAUCAAGUCUCGAAGAAUUGCAGGAAACAUGAGGAAUUUCUAGCUCAACUUGGUGACUGCUUAGAUCCAGAGAAGAAGAAUGAAAAGGCAUCAGAUGAAGAUUUAAUCCUAAAGCUUAGAGAGCUGUGCGAGGAAAAUGCAUUCGUGAAAGGACAGAUUGUUACUCUUGAAGAGACUAUAAAUGUCCAUGAGAUGGAAGCAAAAGCUAGCAGAGAAACCAUCAUGAGGCUGGUUUCAGAAGUAAACAGAGAGCAGAAAAAAGCUGCCUCCUGCACCGAGGAGAAAGACAAGUUGAACCAGGACUUGCUCCAUGCUGUAGAGACCAAAGAAGUUCUUGAAAGGGAAGUCAGGAUCCUCCAAGAAAGGCUGCUUGCUGGCCAGAGGGUCUGGGAUGCUUCGAAGCAGGAGCUGAGCCUCUUGAAGAAAAGAUCUUGUGAGUUGGAGAAGAGUCUGGAGGCCAGUCUGGAUGCGGCUGCAGCCUCGCGAACCCAGUACUCCUCAUUUAGGGAGGCAGUCGCCGCCCUGCUUAGAGGCAGCGGGGACACGACGGGGCCCACGGAGGAUGCCAUUGUGGAAAGGAUCCGAGAAAUGACCAGCCAGGAAGAGAGCAGGAAAAGGAUGGUUUCCCAGCUUGAAGCCCGAAUAUCUGAGCUUGUGGAACAGUUGGGAAAUGAAUCUGGGUUUCACCAGAAAGCUCUACAGAGAGCCCAGAAAGCAGAAAACAAGUUGGAGACUCUUCAGGGUCAGCUGACACAGCUGGAGGGAGAGCUGGUUUCUGGAGAUGUUUUGCGGGAUCACUUGAAUUUUGAGAAACAAAAAUAUCUUAAAUUUCUGGAUCAGCUCUCAGAGAAAAUGAAAUUGGACCAGAUGGCUGCUGAACUUGGCUUUGACAUGCGUCUGGAUGUAGUUUUAGCUCGCACGGAGCAGCUGGUCCGUCUCGAGAGCAACGCAGUCAUUGAAAACAAGACUAUUGCCCACAAUUUACAGAGAAAGCUCAGGACUCAGAAAGAAAGGCUGGAGAGCAAAGAACUACAUAUGGGCCUCCUGCGGCAGAAAAUCGCCCAGCUGGAGGAGGAGAAGCAGGUGCGCUCGGCCUUGGCUGUGGAGAGGGACGAGGCCAAUCUCACCCUAAGAAAGUUGCAGAAGAGGGUGGAGAGGCUGCAGAAGGAGCUGAGUGUGUGUCGAGAAGCGAACACAGAGCUCAAAGCCAAGCUGGCUGACGUUCUCUUGACUUCGUAUAUUAAAACUUUGGAACAGACCAAAGCCACUGAAGACCUAAAUAAGUCCAGAGACAAACUUGAGAAGAUGAAGGAGAAAGCUGAGAAAAAGCUAAUGUCUGUCAAGCCAGAACUGGAUACCACAGAGCACGAGGCUCAGGAGGAUAAAGAGAGGGCCAGGAACAUGAUGGAAGUGGUAACCAGCGAAAUGAAGACACUAAAAAAAUGUCUGGAAGAAGCAGAAACAAGAGAAAAGCAGCUGGUGGACUUCAGGGAGGUGGUUUCCCAGAUGCUGGGCUUGAACGUGACCAGUCUUGCACUUCCAGACUAUGAAAUCAUCAAAUGUCUUGAAAGACUGAUCCAUUCACAUCAGCAUCACUUUGUCACCUGUGCCUGCCUCAAAGAUGUGAUGCCCAGGGGAGAUAGGCAACCACAGAGUCACUUAAAACUCCUUCAUUGAAUACCAUCUCUCUUGGGGGAGGUGGAGCUAAGAGAUGGGACACAACUGUCAAUUUCACAAAUUCCCCAAGCCUUUGACAUUGAUCAGUGUGUGAAUACCAUAUAUUUCGAUGACUGUGCGUGUGAAUCCAUCAUUUGCAAAAAAGGAUCUCAGAGGUGCCAGCUGUAGGUUAAUGUUUGACACUAAGAACACCUGUUAUUUUAUUUGCUAGCACUUUGGGACCCAGAAGAAGUCCAGUAGAUUGCAUAUCUAGAAUGGGCAAUGGUGGUAGGAGAUUAACAUUUAUGGGAUUCUUUUUUUAUGAGUCAGGGGCUUUACUACCCAAUUUAAUUCUCAUAAUGGUCACGUGGAGAAGCUUUAAUGUUUUAUUUUACAACCUUUCUGGGGCUCAGAGAGGGUGUUACCUACCCAAGAUUGUAGUUGGUUAGUGAUUGAACGAGCAGCCUUACCACGUUGGCCCUUGAUCAAAGGCGGUGCCUUCUCUGCUACUCUACACUCCUCCAGUUUCUCCUGAAAUCCUGUGAUCCUGGUGAAAAUUGCCGCCAUAAAGGAGGGCAAACAUUCAUACAUUCAAUCAAGUCCAAAAAGUGACUGAGAUUCAUGAGUGUCACGCAUAUGAUUUCUUUAAAAAGCAUUACAACUAAUUAUUUGGAUAAAACAUACAUAGGUCUGAGGUCCUAUGAGAAACCUACUGGUUUUAAAUGUUGCUGCCAGAUCAUAUUUGGUGGUAAUUUUUCAUGUUUGAACAGGGUUGGUCUCAGUCCUUUAAAAGUGAAACCUUUAAUGUGAAACCGAUUAAGAUGAAGAAAUCCUGCCCAGGUUUACUCACCAAUAUAUUACAUGUACUGACAGCAAGAGUACUUUUUUAGGAUCAGGGUUUUAUUACAAAUUUCCAUCACUUCUGCCUUCUUUUUAAAUUUCUAUUUCACAAGUAUUUUUCAGGAAACCAUAUUCUUAACUUUAUUGAGAAAAACUUUUACUUUUUUGGGUGAUUAUCUUAUUUUUGCCAUAUGAAAAUAUGUCUGAAAAAAAGCAUUGGUGUCUAAUUAAAGGAGGGGGGAAAAGAGAUUACAUUCAAACAUUAAA